GUGCGACGACAUUAGACAUUCGUGCGCGAUAACUCGUCCAGUAAACAUCUCAAGUGCCGUGUGACCGUUCAAAGUAUUAACUCAGUGAGAACUUCUCCCAAUCAGUGUAGCACUCUGCGCAGUACAAAACCAAAACCCUAGCAUCAAAAUGGCCAAGUUGGGACUGUUGUUCAUCGUGAUCUUCUGCAUCAUCCAGUUCACCCUCGCCGCCCGUCUCCGCCGUGAUGCUUUCGAUGAGGCUGUAGAUACCGUCAAGAAGGGAAUCUCUGAUACAUUCACCAAGGAAAAUGUUGACAACUUCCUCGGCAAGCUGACGGAAUUGGGAGACACCAUCAAGGCGAAGGCCAGCGAAAUCGGACAGACCCUGCAGGAUAAGGCACAGGAAGCGAUGAAGAAGGAAUAAAUAAUUUAAGUUAUUUAGUUAACCUUAACCAUCACCCUUGCGCUGUGCAUCCCGAAACCAUCUCCGGGAUUUAUAAGUAAAAAAAUAAAGUUGACAUCUAUUGUUGAUGGAAAAUGAUACCAAAUGA